AUGCAAUUCUCCUCAAUCUCUGCGAUACUGGCGCUAGCCACAGUCGCCACAGCUAUCCCCGCAAGCGAUGGGUGCCGCAUGACGGAGGGCGUCAAGACCACCUGUGUCAUGUCGAGCAACCGCAUGGCCUGCGACUGGCCGGCGUCAUGCCCGGUUGGCCAGAGGGUCAAGUUCGUCGACAACGCGCCGCAGUGCAAGGGUAAGGAUUGGGGUACGCCUUGCACCGGAUACUGGAAGUGUUGCCCUCGUAUACCCUGCAUAUAUGAGGAUUUGGUGUCUGAGGUUCUGUGA